GAUCUAUUCAAAUCUCUGAAAUCUGAAUGCAAUGUUAGCCUCUGUAAUGAUGCGCUCUUAUUGUGAAAAGCUGAAAACGAGCCUCGGCCGGAAGUCCCCGGUGAGCGCGGCGCGGUGCGUUGCGGUGUGCACUUUGCUUGGACUCAUUUUGAAGUUUGCAGCAGCGUUCUGGUGUUUGUGGUAUGUAGCAGGACCUGGCAGUGAAGAUGCAGAUCCUCACCCCUCACGUGUACUGGGCUCAGCGCCACGGCGAGAUCUUCCUGCGGGUGGAACUCAGCGAUGCCAAGAAUCUUGAUAUCAGCCUGAACCAAAACAACACGCUUCACUUCAGAGCACUGGGCCACGGAGCCAAAGGGGAUAACGAGUACAAGUUCAGUCUGGAAUUCCUGGAACCUGUCAGACCCGAGAUUGACCACAAAUCCACUCAGCGCCAGGUGGACAUCAAGAUCCGAAAGCAGAGGGUGCGUUGGUGGGACCGGUUGACUCUUCAGGAGAAAAAGCCUCUUUUCUUGGCGCCGGAUUUUGACCGCUGGCUGGACGAGUCCGAUGCAGAGACGGAGCUCCAGGCUCAGGAGGAGCAAAAGAUUAGCAAGAUAAAUGUGGAGUCCAGAGUUCGUAAAGACCCCUAUCUCGGGCUGAAGAAAGGUUACCUGUUCAUGUACAACCUGGUUCAGUUCCUGGGUUUCUCCUGGAUCUUUGUCAACAUGACUGUUCGGCUCUUCAUCCUGGGCCAAGACUCGUUCUACGACACGUUCCACACCACGGCGGACAUGAUGUACUUCUGUCAGAUACUGGCCGUGUUCGAGGUGGUGAACCCCCUGUUGGGUCUGGUUAAGACAGGACUAUAUCCUGCUAUGAUACAGGUUGCUGGGAGGAACGUGGUGCUGUUUGUCAUCUUUGGCUGUCUGGAGGAGAUGCAGAGCAGAUCCAUCGUCUUCUUCGUGUUCUACGCCUGGAGCUCCAUCGAGAUCUUCAGGUACCCCUUCUACAUGCUGGCCUACAUCGACACCGAGUGGCAGCUCCUAACGUGGCUGAGAUACAACCUGUGGAUCCCUCUGUACCCGCUCGCCGUCCUCGCUGAAGCGGUGGCGGUCAUCCAGUCCCUCCCCAUCUUUGAUGACACCCGUCUGUUCAGCCUCCCGCUUCCUGGUUUCAGAGGCCGCUCCUUAAGCUUCUCCUACACGCUGCAGAUUUACCUGGUCCUCAUGUUUCUGGGACUCUUCAUCAACCUCAGACAUCUGUACAAGCAGAGACAGAGACGCUUCCGCUCCAGGAAGAGGAAAACCCACUGAGUCCUCCCACCGCCUUCCUGUUGGCCUGCUCUUCAUCCUGAUGAGGAGGAGGACUGCUUCCCAUCAUGCCAUCUGAGUUUGAUCUGUCUGCUUUGCCUGAAAGUGUUGACGUGUGUCCACUGGGGAUUAUUUAUUCAUUGUUACUGGAAAAGAUGCUUUUACAAAGAUGACUGCAGACUUUUGGUAGAAUGAAGCUCUGUGUGUGACCUGAUGGUGCUCAAUCAUUCAGCAGUAACUUAAGAACUGUUUUUGAUUUCUUUCUGCUUAACAACAGAUCAGUGACUGUUAUGACCGGCACCAGCUCCUGCUCAGCCUGAACCGUUUGAUUCUGAUGCUAAAUUCAGGAUGAAAUGUAAAUUCAAAAUCUGAGAACACGUCUUUUAUCCGGAGACUUUCUCUUUGGGAUCAAACUUUGUGUCCUGUCAGCUGUUUGGAUCAACUUCAGCGUCAGAGUUUAUAGACGGCGCCAAACCAAAUCCAAAAAUCAUGGACAAAAUCCUUUUUUCUUCCACCCUUGAUCAGUUGAAAUCACAGUUUUCUGCACCAAACCAAGCAGUCUUUGAGAAUUGAAGUCAACAGUGAAUGUAAAUAAAGAAUGGAGAGCCCGGAUUGAAUGGGUUCUGGGUUCUGGCCGUGCUGGAACAUGCAUGUUCUUUGGUUUUCAUGACAUCUUUGCUUUGGGUUCAGAAGCAAAUGAAGUUUACAUUUCUAGUCUAAAUGCCCCCCAGAGCCGUGCACCACUGCUUUUUCAGCAUUUAUUCCACUCAGUUUAUGUCUUCAAAACUUCUUCCUUUACAAAAAACGCCUUUUAGUGUAUUUAUUUUUGACAUUUAGAAGCCUUAAAUGAUCUGUUUUAUGGAGAUUAUUUCGUUUGUUUUGUGAACGUUUGAUGUGUUUGUUUCUCACUUUCACUCUGGGCGGCAAACUGGUCUCUGAGAGAAUAAACACGUCGGUUUUA